CGUGCGCGCGCCGGCUACGUCAUUUCCGUUUAGGUCAUCGCCUGUCACUAGUGUCAAAGCUAGCAGGCGUGUUAUUGCUACACACCGUGAUUUUAAACAUUAACGCAGGACAAACCUGACUUUUUAAACGACGUGGUUGAUAGUUUAAACGUUGUUGAAUGUGUCGCUGAAGUGUGGCCGGAUGCGACAGUUGGAUUAACUUGGGAAUUUCUCUUUUCGAAAACACUAGCCGCGCGGCUAAAGAGAACCGCCGCCCGCCCCCUCACUCAGGAUGCCAUGCCACAAUCAGCAAAUGAGCAAUGUAAACACCGGCCAGGAGCACCCAAUGAAGCAAGUACGCUUUGCCACCAACACCAGCGGCAAUGUGGCCGCUGUGUUGGCCACUCACGAGGCAGGUGUUGCUAGCAGCAGGCAGCCCGUAAACCAGGAUUCACCGGGACCCCAACUCAAACUACUUCCUCUCAAUGACCAGAUACGAGAAUUACAGACUAUUAUUAGAGACAAGACGACCAGCAGAGGGGAUUUUGUGUUCUGUGCUGAUCGACUGAUUAGACUUGUGGUCGAAGAAGGCCUGAAUCAACUACCUUACUCCGAGUGUACUGUGACAACACCAACAGGAUAUAAGUACGAAGGAGUCAAAUUUGAGAGAGGCAACUGCGGCGUUAGCAUUAUGAGGAGUGGUGAGGCUAUGGAGCAAGGGCUGCGGGACUGCUGCCGCUCCAUUCGCAUCGGCAAAAUCCUCAUCCAAAGUGAUGAGGAGACCCAAAGAGCCAAGGUCUACUACGCCAAGUUCCCACCGGAUAUUUACAGAAGAAAAGUGCUGCUCAUGUAUCCCAUCCUCAGUACUGGGAACACGGUGAUUGAAGCAGUGAAGGUGCUGAUCGAGCACGGGGUCCAGCCCGGGCAUAUUAUCCUCCUCAGCCUCUUCUCCACACCUCACGGGGCCAAAUCAAUAAUCCAGGAGUUCCCAGACAUCACCAUACUGGCAACAGAAGUUCACCCGGUGGCACCAACACAUUUUGGGCAAAGGUACUUUGGCACCGAUUAAAUCCAGGACAAACGGGGCAACAGAAGUUUGUAAUUGUUUUUGUCAGUUUUAUUUAAACAAACAACAAAAUAUUGUUGUGCCAAAUACUAAAAGAAACUAUUUAUUUUAUUGAUUUCUUUUCGCUAUUUGUCAUAUGGAUACAAACAAUGCAGAGCCAUAGAGAUCAUUUUAUUUUGCAUGUUGCAAGUGGUGAUUUAAAAAGAUUUAUAUUUGUUAUCAGAAAGACCACCAAAUGGAAAAGAACGGUGUUUACUGGCAAAGAGGAAUGACACAAUCACAUAUAGUACGCCAAAGACCUCCACGUGAGCUUUGAAAAAAUAGACUGUCUGGUC